AUGGCCAAGAGUAGUGAUCUGAGCGUGUUAAACAUGCCCAAGGAACUGAUCAUGACUCAAAUUUUUGAAACCCAUGCUCAUGCAGACAUAAAGUUUGAUGUUUGCCCUGUUUUCACUAUUGUCAAAAAGAUUCUCAACCGUGCCAGUGAUGUUGUUCAGCAUGUUGUUAUGGGUAAUAAACUGGAGAACAUGGAGGAAGAACCCCCAACAGCCAGUUUGGGUAUAUCAUUGUGUACACUCAAGCAUCUUUACUGCGAGAUGGCAUGCAAGCCUCCUGGUCAGGAAAGUAAUACAGGGAAGAAAAUACUUGAAAAACUCACAAAAUAUUCAUGGGAUGCAAAGGCAGUGUUGACACUUGCAGCUUUUGCUCUUGACUAUGGAGAUUUUUGGCUCCUUGCUCAUCUUCACGCUUCAGACAAAAGUGCCAAAUGGGUGGGGAUCUUGAAGGGGGUACCAACCAUUGUCACAGAAUCAUGGCUUCAGAAACACAAGCUAGCGAUUAUUAAACUUGACCAACUGAUCAAGUCCACAGUGGAGGCUAUUGAUUGCAUCUUAGUGUUGGAAGGCCUAUCUGAUAGGUAUGCUGAAGAGGAUUUACAAGAAUUGUCAGAAGCCAUGUACUAUAUCCCAUUAGAUGUUUACUAUGCUAUCAUAACUGUGGUAGCUUGCACAACUCAGAUGUGUUGCCUCAUUAACGAUGAGGGCAAACCAGAGGAACUAUCACUAUCGUCCUUCAGUUUGAAAAUCACAGCCACUGUCGACUCAUUGAAUUUGGUUAUAAAACGUACCAAGGAAAUAAUAGCGAAAUUGGAGGAUUACGGGAAGCUCGUGAAAAUCAUGAAUAAUCCUAGAAAAAUCACCGUGGUCUUUAACGAGAUGGGCUUCACGUCACUUGUUAAGCAACAGGUCAACCUUAAAGAAAUUGAAACAGAGAAUGUCUUUUUGUUCUUUUCCGACUUGGACAUUAGCGAAAAUGAAAUUUCAAUUCUCAAUUCAAUUGAUAAUAACAAAAGUAUGAAGGAUCAGUACAAAAUUAUAUGGAUCCCAAUUGUGGACUGGACGGUUGAUCAAAUGCAAACAAAGUUCGAGAAGUUGCGGUCUAAGAUGCCGAAUACUUGGUACAGGUUGCCAAAAUUUUCAUUCGAUUUAGGUAUCCAGUACAUUAAGGAGAAGUGGGAAUUCAAGAAUAGGCCUAUCGUUGUGGUGAUGAACUCGCAAGGGAAGGUGGUUCACCGAGAUGCAUAUCACAUGAUUGCAUUGGGAAUAAAUCCCCUCCGUCCGAUUACUGGGGUUCCAGACUCUCCACUGCCCAAUGGAGAGGAUUCAGUUGGACAGAUUUUGCUUGGCAGCCUCCAUAUAGAUAUACUAACUUGGAUGAAGCAGGAGAAGUACAUUUUCUUCUAUGGAGGCAAGGAUACAGUGUGGAUUAAACAAUUUAAAGAGCAAGUAUAUGCCAUGAAUCAGGUCUUUAAGCCUGCAAGUAUUUCCAUUGAGUUGUUUUACGUGGAAGAUAAAGGGGAGAUUACCCUAUGGAAAUUCUGGAACGGCAUUGAGAGCUUUUUCCUCGGCUGGAACUACAUCAAGAACAUUUUACUCUCUGGGAAAGAUAAGAAAACCGAAUCGUCCACCGUAAUGUCAACAAUCCUUAAGUUACUUUCCUACAAGACUGAGAGUACCGAAUGGGUUGUGCUGUGCAAAGGGUCUAAAUUGGUGGAAAGUGGUCAUGGCACAACAAUUCUGAAGGUCUUAAAGAAGUAUGAUCCGCCAUGUACGAUACCCAUCACCCCUACGUUUGACUUUGCAAGUUCAUUCUUGAAUUACCAUAGAGAGAUUCUAAAGCUUCCAGCUGAAAAACCUGGUUGCUACCACUUCGACAUCGCUGAGGAUGCUGGAAAGAUCACAGCAGCUGUAAUGUGCCCUUUCUGUUCGGACCGCAUGAAGUUGUCUAGCAGGUUUAACUGCUGCCACAGUGCUUAUCGUUCUACCAAGAACGUACAACACUAGAUGUCUGUGCUACUCUCUCUCUCUCUCUCUCUCCACUAGUACUUUUUCUACAAAAUAAUUGUUUUCUUGUCCAAGUUUGUUUCUAGUAUGAGGAAGUUUAAUUUUAUGAUGUGCAAUGCUACAAUAAAGAGCAUCCUGAUUUCGUUGCAAAUCUGAUGCCAUCUAUGUAAUCGUUUAAUAUUUUCAUGUUGUAAUUGGAGGGAGUUUUUAUUAUGUA